CAGGGACCCAGGCACAGGGAGUAGCAUCUCGAGACCUCAGGCUCUUUCCUGUAUUUGCUCGCUCUCUGACAGAUUAUGUGCCAGGAAAAGACUGUCUGCUCUGAGCUACCAGGCCCCUCAGGAGUUCUGUGACCCAGCGGAGUUGCAACCCAUUGGAGUGACCGCUUCAGAGUAGCCUAGGAAAUACCACUCUUACAGUCAAGCAAGCAAUGGAUCAAAAUGCUAAUCAGCCAAGACAGGAGAGACCCAGCGUUCGCCUGGAAAAGCUACAGCACUGGGCAAGACACAAGCAAAGUGGAUGCCUACUGGUGCUGGCGGUGAGCCAAGUGUGGCUGGCAAUAGCUAUGGUCCCCUUUACUAUCUCAGUUUCCUGCUUGACCUCUGCCUGUCACCUGGUCACAGCACUGCCACUUUGGCCCGGAGCCUCGGGCCUCCUCACGGGCAUUAUCACCCUUGAACUCCGAAGAGCACCUUGUAUCUGGAAGGUGCGGGCCAUGAUGAUAUCCAACACCUUCAACCUGAUCUUGGGCUUCAUUGCGGUGGUGAUAGAGGUGAUGAAGACAGCCUUGGGAACUGCCUCUACGGACUCCUCCCAGUCGACAGGGUUGCUGGUGCUGGAGCUGAGCGCGGAAGCCUUCACCCUAGCGGGAGUGCUGGUCUCCACAUAUGCCCUGUUCUUGCUGAGCCAGAGGAAGCCUGGAUACUUCAAGAGGUCAAGGCUGCAGUACCGGGAGCUACAGGAGGGCCUCUCUGAGAUGGAGGAGGUUUCUGGUUUGGAGAAUGGUCCCGUGGUGGCUAGCACAGGAAAUAGGACGGAUGAGUGA